CAGUACGUUGCCAUCGGCGACCAGGUGGUGACUCUGGGAGACGGGGACGAGGUGGCCGUGGUGCCGCCGCUCAGCGGAGGAUAAAGACGAGACAUGGCCGAGUCGGAGGAGCGGAGGGACGUCUUCAAGCUGAGCCGUGAUUGGCUGGCUGUACAGGAAGUGGUCGACGCCGUCAGCAGCCCGUCCUGUGGAGCCAUUUCAGUAUUCAUAGGUACGACCCGUGAGGACGAGGUGGGCGGCAGGAAGGUGAUUGGUCUGGAGUACGAGGCGUAUGAGCUCAUGGCCCAAUCAGAGUUCAGUAAGCUGUGUGAUGACAUCAGAAAGCGCUGGCCAACCGUGACGCACGUCUGCGUUCACCACCGGCUGGGGUGGGUGAAGGUGGGCGAGGCCAGCGUUGCCAUGGCGAUCUCGUCUCCUCAUCGCCACGACGGCCAGCAGGCGGUCCAGCACUGCAUCGAGCAGCUGAAGGCCACCGUCCCCAUCUGGAAGAAGGAAGUGUACGAAAACCAGGAGACAAGCUGGAAGGAGAACGCAGAGUGUCCGUGGGCCUUUCAAAAUAAAGACAACGUCUGAACGGCAGAAAAUAAAACACUGAAGUUAUUAAGUUUUAAUCGGUAAAUGUUUGUGUUGUUAAUGAGCUGCUUUAAUAAUAAUAUUAAUUCAUAACUAAUAAACUGUUUCUGAUGUCAUCUGUUCCAUCCGGCUGCGUUUGAAGAAACGUUUUAGAAUAAAGUUUGUCUGUUUGUUCUGAGAUGAAAACAGAGAUUUCUGUUCACACUGGAGACUAAAUAAAGUUUUAUUC